AUGAAGCUCGCCGUGGUUUUGCUCGCAUCAGUUGCAUUAUGUACCGGAAGUCCAGUGAUACCAGAGGAUAACAGCCACUAUGUAGAAGGGGAGAGCCGUUUCAUAUGGAUGCCCGAUGGGGAAGGUGCACUCCAUCUGGUCGAUCUACAAGCUCCUGCUGACAUGGAAUUUCUUGGUAACAGAAAUGGUGCCAACAAUGCGUACUGGCUCUUCACAAGACAAAAUCCAACAAGCCGUCAAGUAUUAGUUAACAAUAACGCAAACUCGAUCCGCAACUCUAAUUAUAGAGGAAAUCGACAAACUAAGGUUAUUGUACAUGGAUGGAAUAGUAGUGGAGGCUCUAGCGUAAAUUCAAUGAUCAGAGACGCCUACUUGGCCGCGGGGGACUUCAAUGUUAUAGUCGUGGAUUGGAGUGGUGCCGCCAGUGGGGUUUACACGACGUCAGUGCGUGCAGUACCUGAUGUUGGGCGCCAUCUUGCUAACUUUAUUACAUUCCUAUUCCGUACUUCUGGUGGAAACUGGAACAACAUUCACUUGAUUGGACACAGCUUGGGUGCUCAUAUUGUGGGAAAUGCUGGUCGCGCUGCACCCAGUCGCCCUGUUCGUGUUACUGGAAUGGAUCCCGCUGGACCUCAAUGGGGUGGCAAUUCAAACGCCCUAAAUCGCAAUUCCGGUGUGUUCGUCGAGAGCAUCCAUACCGACGGGGGUAUUCUCGGUAUCAUGGACCCUAUCUCCGAUGCUGAUUUCUACCCCAACGGAGGAAGGAACCCUCAGCCAGGCUGUAGGACCAGUGCCUGCUCACAUAGCCGUGCCUACGAGUUUUUCGCCUCCAGCGUUAGAACGAAUCACUUCGUCGGUAGACGCUGUAAUAACCUUCAAGAGGCUCGAAACGUACAGUGUAGUGGAGCUGCGCUGAACAUGGGCAAUUUACAAUUAGGGAAACGAGGAAACGGUCUCUUUGGACUGAGAACUAGGGAUGCCUGGCCUUUCUAA